UAUGAGUCCCACCGUACAUAAAAUAUUAAUGCAUGGACCUUUAGUCAUUGAUAACGCUAUUUUACCUACUGGACAACUCUCAGAAGAGGCAGCAGAAGCAAGGAAUAAGCAUUUUCGUGUGUACAGGCAAGGUUACUCAAGAAAGUGUUCUCGAGAAGCUUGUAAUAGAGAUGUUGUCAAUAGACUUUUACUAAAUUCUGACCCCUUCCUGUCAAGUACAAGAUUCCAAAAAAAGAAGAAAAAGCUGCCAUUUUAAAAAGAAUGGAUGGAAGUGCUACUUCCUGCUCAACCUCCUAAGGAACAUACAUCAGUAGAAUCUAGUGAAGAAACAACAUCAUCUCAGGAAGAAACUUCAGACAUAUACUCUGAUGAAAACUAACGGUAAUAAUUAAAAAAUGUUCUAUAUAUACAUAUAUACUUAUUAAAAAGUUUCGCGACCUAAAUAUUUUGUAUGAAAAUAAUAAUUUAUAUCAGUUCAACAUAGUGUAUGUGUAAAAAUAACUUCUUUUAGCUUUCUGGUACAACUACUCUACCAUAACCACAAUAUUACAAGGGUUUUCGAUAAUUAAAAAAAAAUGUUUCGAACAAAAGUUUAACAGUAUUUAGACUUCUACAAAUUUUAAUAUAUGAAGUUUCGAAAAAACAAUUUUAUACAGAAAAGGCUACCUUGAUUUUUUAAAUAUUAUAGCCCAUUUUUUAUUUCACGAUGUUGUAGCUGACAUUAAGACAAAUUCAACGACCUAUUAUAAUAUGACCUUGAACCUAUAAAUAACGUUCAAACCGUUUUUUCCGCGUUUUCGGUUCAAAUACCCCACUGUGAAACGUCGACACGCAGAUUAUAAGGGAAGAUUCAACAUUCAUCGACAGCAAAGAAGAUAAGUAAACCACAUUUUAUUAUUCCAUUAUUAUCUCGGCAUUAUUAUUAUGUAAAAUGUAUGACUAUGUUGUUUUUUAUUUAUACUGUAAUAUAAACUGACGUGACAGCAAAGAAAUGUAUCGAAUAUUCACGUUUCGCCAAAAGUAUUCUAAUUUAUAACACACCGAAUCGUAAAAGUAAUAUUAUUAGCUAUAAUUUUGAAUAAAACGGUUCACUGUGGAUAUUUAUGGAACAUAACUCAGUUUAUAUUACAAGGUCAAGAAGGAAGUCGAAAGAAACAUUUUCUAAUUUCAAUAUUGUGAUUUAAAGGAAACAACAUAUCGAAGAGGAAAGGAUCCAACUCGCUUUUGCGACAAGCAAACAACGUGUCCUCCGCUCCAUCGGAAAAGCAACCGCUAGUGCAACGAACUUCCGCAACGGAAAUUGCGCAACUAUGAGUAACGUACCAAUCAUUUUAAUUUACAUUAUAAAUACUAUAGUGUUCCGAUGAGAAUGUCACAAAGUCAGAACUUCUUGAAGAUCUGAAAAAAUGUGAUAUUAACUAUUAUGACAAACUUCGUGAAAUGUUCAUUCAACAAUUUUAUCCGAUUCCAGUAAAAGUUAAAAAGUAGGAAAUAUGUACAGUCAACCCUCCUAUAACGCGGUACUCUCAGAACACGGUUUCCAUAUAACGCGGAGCUGAAAAUGCGGCAGCCCUCCUAUAACGCGGUACUCUCAGAACGCAGUUUCCAUAUAACGCGAAGCUGAAAAUGCGACAGCCCUCCUAUAACACGAUACUCUUAUAGCGCGGUUUCCGUCAACAGCAUCACAUAAGUUCCUUCCGCGUAGCCUAAGAAUGUUUAGCCUAUGUUUAGUUCGUUAGGGCCUAUUUGAAUUAUAAGGGAACAGAUGGCGCCAGUUUCAUGUAGGUCCAGGCAGUCGGAUCGCGACAUAGUAACUAGAUAUGUUUAUAUAAAGAUUAUCUCCGGCUUAUCUGAUAGCCGUCUACGACAUCGGUUUUAGUCUUCUCAGAGCUCUUUCACAGUGUACACGUUUUGUUGGUGACCAAGUCUUUCUAAAAAUUUUUCUGCACCGUCCGUUCGUUCAGCUUUUUGCUGCUUAAUUUGUGGUUUAUAAUUGGACAAUAUUACACAAUACUAUUUGCAUCAUGUCAAACACGAAAGAAACAAGGAAAGGGUUAAAAAGAAAGUUUAUAUCUCUUGAAGAUAAAAUCGAAAUUCUAAAUCGUUUAGAAGGUGGGGAAAAUCUAUCGUCGGUUGCAAAAUCAACCAAGUUGAAUGAAUCUACAACUCGAACCCUAAAGAAAAAUGCAGACAAUAUAAGGAAAACUGUGGCAGAUGGCUGUCCGUUAGGUGCGAAACGUGUCACUCGCACACGAAAUUUUAAUAUGGUUAAAAUGGAACGGGCGUUAAUGAUCUGGUUGGAAGACUGUAUAGCCAAAAAGAUUCCUAUCAGUGGAAAUCUUAUCAAGCAGAAAGCACUUAAAAUCUAUGAACAUUUAAGGAAUAUUGGGCAUUCUUCUGCAGAGCUAGAAAAUCAUUCGUUUGUCGCGAGUAAAGGGUGGUUUGAAAAACUAAAAAAAAGGUACUCAUUACACAAUAUUAAGUUUCAAGGAGAACAGGCCUCAGCAGAUGCUGAGGCUGCCGAGAAUUAUAAGCUGGAAUUAGCUAGAAUUAUCAAUGAAGGAGGCUAUUCACCUCAUCAGAUUUUUAACGCCGAUGAGACGGCAUUAUAUUGGAAAAAACUACCAUCUAGGACCUUCAUUUUGAAAAAUCAAAGGCGUGCUCAGGGGUUUAAACCUUCAAAAGAACGUGUUACCCUUCAUAUGUGCAGCAAUCUAUCAGGGAGCCUGAUGAUAAAACCUAUGAUAAUAAAUCGUUCUUCAACUCCCCGUGUUAUGAAAAACAUUAAUAAGACCGAAUUGCCUGUAUUCUGGCGAUCUAAUAAGAAAGCUUGGAUGACCCAAGAUUUAUUUAAGGAUUGGUUUUAUAAUUGUUUUAUCCCGGCAGUGGAAACCCAUACGAUGGAAAAAAAUUUGUAUUUCAAAGUUUUAUUGGUUCUUGAUAACGCUGGUUGCCACAACAUUCAACUGGAUCAUCCAAAUAUAAAAAUUGUCUUCCUUCCUCCUAACUGCACGUCAUUAAUACAACCUUUGGACCAAGGAGUCAUUCAAACUUUAAAAAUGUAUUACACACGCCAAGUUUUCCAAACCAUUUUCGACAGAUUAGAAAGUAGUGAAAAUAAAACCCUUACUCAAGUUUGGAUGGAAUUUUCUAUUUUAGAUUGUAUUAGAACCGUGUCAUCGGCUUGCGCGGAAAUUAAACCAUCAACGCUUAAUGCGUGUUGGAAACCCCUUUUACCUGAAAUGGUUCAAACAAUACAAGAUGAUUCUACAAUUUCACUCCCAGUUACAGAAAUAGUAAACAUUGCUUCUCGUUUAGGCGAUGAAGAAUUUACAACAAACCAUCAGGAUGUAAGAGAACUCGUACUCGGGGAAGAAGCUUUAGAUGAGGAUGAACUGAUGGAUUUAAUUGAUGCACCCACCUCAAAUCCAUUGGUAAACGAAAAUAAAGAAAACGAAUGGGUGCCAAAUGUCGAUUUACAAGAUGUGAAAAAAGGGCUAAAUUUGGCUAAAGAAUUAGAACUCCAUUUCAUUCAAACUGAUCAUUCAACGGUGCGUAGCGCAAAGUUUAAAAGAGAGUUAAGAAAUUGCUUAGCUCCCUAUAGAGAGGUUUUAGUGGAGUUAGAAAAAAAAGCUACAAUCGAAAACCAAUAUGAAGAUGCGCCAAGUGAGGAAGACAUUUUGCCUAUUAAAAGAAGACGAGUUAGGCGACUCAUAUUAUCUGACAGCGAGGAUGAGUGUUGAAAGAUUAAAUUUUACAAAAGUCUUUCUUGUUUUUGUUGGAAAACAGUUUUUCAGUUUAGUUUUGGUAUCAUUUCUUUAUAUAAACUCUUCAAUUCAAUAAAAAUAAUUUAUAAUUUAUCUUGUCCUUAUUGGUCUCCAUAUAACGCGGUACGAAUAAUGUGAUUUGUACUAAUUCUGCGUUUCUUAUAGCGCGGUUUCCAUACAACGCGGUAGACGGUUUCCAUAGAACGCGCUACGAAUUAGCCUGGUUUGUACGGUUAAAUCCGAGUUUCUUAUAGCGCGGUUUCCAUAUAACGCGGUACGCACUCACCGCGUUAUAGGAGGGUUGACUGUAUUUACAUUUCGUAGAUAUCAUCAUUAACAUGAUGGGUUUCAAACAAAUUCGAACAAUAUUUUAUCAGAAAUUACGUAAAUUAUUAAACAAUUGUCUUCUUGUCUGAUUAAAAAUGUAGCACCAUCAAAUUUUUAAAAUUCCAAUUUCAUAGCGUUGGCUGUUAGAAUGUCGGCAACGCCCGAUCGCGACAAAAAAAGCAGAAAGGUACACAGUUGAAUAUUACGUACAACAUACAAGAAUUAUAAACUGUCUCGCAUUCCACCUUUUUUUUAUGCCGCUUGUACUGUUACGUCCGGGUACAUUUUCAAUUAACCCGACCUUGCGUUCCUCAUCGGGUGCGCUGCAUCUGGAACUUUCCACGUGAGGGGCGCAAGGAAGGGCCUUGCUAAUUUAUUUCUUUUCCUCGUUACCUGCCCGCGCUCCUCCGAUCUUAUGCUCUACCGUCGGGUGCGUGAGCACUUGGAAGUGAUUCCUCACGGAGAACACAAGAAAGGAGUUUGAGAUUAAAAUUAUAAUUCUCCUUUUUCUUUUCUCUUGUUAGUUUCAAUAGUUUAACCGUCAAUAUACCGAGCUUGUGUACCUCGCCAGUGCGAAGCACUUGGAGAUAAUCCCAGGCGAGGCACACAAAGGAGGCUAUAUUUAGUUCUUUCAAAUAAUACAAGUCAACCUUUCCUUGGGAUGAUUGCCUUGUCGAAACUACGCAACGACAAAAACUUCGAAAGUCGAAACCGUUUAGGGAGAGAUACCAUAAACAUCCUU